AUGACCAAGAAACUCGGUCUCCAAGCUUUCCUUCGCAGGGAGGUUAUAAAAGCUAAGCUUCAGGUCCCCACAGAAAAUGAAUCCCCAAAAUUUACAAAGGAGGCUUCUAUGCUAUCAGCCCAGCCGAAAAUAUAUGAAGAGCCAGAAAGAAACACUUUUCGGAAUAUUUUUGGUGACAACGAAGAAGACUAUGAGGCCCCACUGGAAAGAUUUAGAAAGUCAAACACACCAUUUGCUGUUAGGUAUGAGACGAAACCAAAGUCUGAACUGAGAAUUCGGAUCGAGGAACUUAGAAAGCAACUUCUCGCUGUCAUUGAUACUUCCUUCAAGGAUCCGCGUGAGAGAGCUAUCAAUGCUAAAGAGCGCGAUCGUCUACUAAGAUCCAUCGAGCGCUUAGAGGCCCAAGAAAAAAGAGAGAAAGAUAAUGCACUACGAGCUACUGGAAACCUCCCCGAGCCUAUCUCCGAAUAUGAAAAAAGACAACAACAAAAGGAAUUAGAAUUAGUAAAGAAGGCCCUAGCGGGGAAAGAAAAAGCCAAACCCCCAAUCAAACGUCCCUUUCGUCCACUCGACGACGAUCCAGAUGGCGAAACUCGGAAAAUGUUAGGACUGCCAUUGAGAAGGCGCAAGCUCAAGAAAACGGGCAAAUGGGCAGAUGAGCUUCGUUAUGUAGUUCCGGAGUUAAGGUAUAAGGAUUAUGGAAUUGAGACUUUGAAGGAAAUUUUGUUAUGCGGGGUGGAUGAGGAGCAAGAGAUAUGGCUGGGAAAGUGGUUUAGUAGAUUGGAUGUGAAUGUUACUACAGGUGGUCGAGUGAGAGGUUCCGCAAAUAAGAGAGGCAUGUGA